AUGGCGCAUCCCUACUCUUCCACCCCGUUGUACGCAGGCACGCCGUCAUACGCACCUCAACAGUCUUACUACCCGUCUUUUUCAUCUAAUGGCCUGCAGCAGCCGAUAAACACUCCUCCAGGCAUCCCUCAGCAGGUUCCGCCACCGCAGGGACAAAUCCAGACGCAUCCCGCCUACCAACAGCAGCCGUCGCCUGCUGCAAAUGGCCCACGAUUCGAUGUCAAUUCACAGAUUCGUCCUCCUGCGCCUCCUUUCCAUCCUCCGUUUCCCCCUCCUACUACUACGUUCAAUUCCGAUUUCUUCAAGCAAUUUGCAAGUGCGGGUUUCCCGCCUCCACCCCCUCCAAACUUUCCUCCAGUGCCAAUACCCGGUGCUGCAUAUCCGCAGCUGCCAGGUUCCGUGAAUACCUCCACUUCCUCACCCUAUCCUCAACAUGUGGCAGCUGGAGCCGCAGUCUUUGGCGCUGGCUUUGUUCCAAAUGAACAACCUCGCCAACAGACCGAAGAUCAAUUCAAUGGUGCGCAACCUGGCUCACGAGGUGGAAUGGAUGUGCAGACAGACACUCAGACGUAUGGCACUGUCCAAGGUGGAAUCUCACACCCUGCGCACACAUUUACCAAAGGAAGAGAUCGUGACAAGGAUCAGACACUUCCGUCUUUUGGCUCCAGAUCAGAUGUCGAUAUGCUAUUCGCGAGUGCCCAAAAGCAGGCUAUGGUGGGAGCAGUUGAACAGUCCAUGAUAGCUUCGCAUCCCCAAGAUACAAACCACGCCACCGAGCCUGAUUCAGCAGCUGAUGGAAAUGUCUCGCCGUACGACCCGACUCGUCCUGCGGCAAUCAACGACCGAGCACUAGGUGGCUUUGGUUCCUCUAGUAAACCCUCGAAAAGCGCCAAUCUGAGGCCAGUAGAGAGAAGCUAUGACAAUAAGUCCCUUGCUGAGCUGCGACAACUUGCGAAGGGCGCAGUUUUAUCGCUCGUGCCCCACAAGAUCCUCUACCCAGAUCUGGUCAAGGAAGGCAUAAAUCCCCAAAUCUUGCAUGAAUUGUAUGAAGAGCUCGGCCUCAGGACGGAACUUAGUCAAUCACAAGCCCGCGAGGAAGUGCACGGUGAGCAACAUCCUCUGGUUGGUGGCAAUGUAUCGUCGACAGCCUCGCAGCCACCGGCUUCAUCACAACCGAAGGCGGAAUUACAGAAGGACACACCCACAGUCUCAACGGCUCAGGCUAUAUCGCAAUCCUCGAUGAUUCUUCCCUCUUCCACCACCCUUGGCCUAAGUGGGAGCAGUGAGGUUAUAGCGCAACCGGCCAUCGUGGAUACCAGGAAUCAACAGUCGGUACCAAGUCCCAGUUUGGAGAGGAAAGAUCGCAUUGCCCAGUUGCUCGCUGCAAAGACAGGCCGUCCCACCCCUAACCCGACAUCAAGCACCCUGAGCCAGCGUGAAGGACCCAAACCGACUACUGUGACUACCGUAUCUGCGGACACAACCAGCGUUGCCAUGCCUUCCGCUAGUCCACAAAUUCCGUCGGUGCUGCCGGCAGAGCCGGUGGCUGCCUCUCAAGGAACGAGUGGAACGAAGCCGAAGGCUCAGACUGAGCUCGUGAAACAGAAAAUGGAAAAGCUGAAACGCGAAACGCAGGCAAAGACAGCAGGUAGUGUAUCGGAAGUUCCCACAGAGCCGGUGGCAAUCGGCCGCGAAAUCGGCAGCGAGCUUAUAAUGAACGUCCCCUUUGUCGAGAGCCUCAUGAAUUCGCCGGCAGACGGAAUAUCUGCCUUUGAGAGUCAACCCUCGAUGCCAUCGUUGAUACCGGGAUUGUUCAUGUCCUCGAAUGAACCAUCUGCUUUCGACGAGAUUGCAAGAUCAGCGAUCGAGGCAUCACUGAGCUCCACAGAGGGCAACAGACAAGCGAAGACUGCCGAGAAUGAAACGCCAGUUGGCCUGUCAAAUUUCCAGCCACUAUCGCCUUCCACAGUCCCAGCAAAACGGCCCUCGAACACAGAUUCAGCUAUGAUGGGCAUACCGCUUCCUAAGAAGCCGAACACACAACAGAAUCUGCCGUAUACACCAUCGCGACCCCUUCCAGAUGUUGAAGCCGACUACCAGUCGGAAGGGGAGAUUUUCGAAGAGCCCGAGAGCGACGCUAUGGCGAUGGGUACGGAUUCAGAGCAAGAUGUGCAAGAAGACGACGCAGCACCUGUUCUAAAUUCUUCGGCAGCCGCCUCAGUAUUGAAUAAGCCGACGCCCGUCAAUCAGACUCCGACAAUAGCAUUGCGAAAAGCCUCAACCGGUGACUCAGGAAAGGAUGAGUUGUAUCGUGCGAAACAGUCGGAGAUUGAAGCUAUGCGUCGCAAAAUUGCCGAGCUGGAGCAGCGAAACAAGCUCAAACGAACCAGAAGUCAAGUCGAGUCUCCAUCGUCCUCGAACCCGCCGACGCCCGCAGUGACCAAAGAAGAUCAACAACUGACCAGUUCACCUGUACCGCACACCGUGGAACUGCCUAGUGUCUCCCGGCCUGUAACUCAGCGCCAGCCUGUAGGUCCUACUGUCCCUCCGGUGAUCUCAAAACUAAGCCCUGCACAACUUCAAGAAAGAGAGGCAGCGUUGAAACAGGCACUCCUGAGACAGCGUGCUCAACGGCAGCAAGUGUUACAAGAAGGCUUGCCUGAUUUGAAUGCCAAAGUGAAAAAGACCGAGACGCGGUUGGAGGAUGUGCGUCAGGAAUUGGCACAAGUUCGUGCUCAAAUACAAACCACACACCUCGAAUUGGAUCGAUUAGGGCUGCAGGAGAAGAGAUUAGUUGAGGAAAUCUCCAAAUUCGAGGAGCAAUUGCAGGAAGGUCGAUCGGGUCAAAAAAGAUAUUCUGAUGAGCUGCAACAAAUCAGGCUUGAAAAGCUGGCCGAAGCUCAAGCGGCUCCCACCAAAGAGCAGUCGAUUGCUGGUCCAGAUCCAUCGCACCCGGCCACAGAUUCGAUCUCCGAGUCACAACUAGAUUUGAGCAACGGCCAUCUUGACAAUCGCGAAGAAACUAUGGAGACGCAACAGGGCUCGCUCAGCAUGCCCGCUGAUACUGUGGCUGCCAAGGAAACUGUCGACGCUGAGGUUGACGCUAGCAUGGAUCGCGAAGAUAUGCAUGGGGCGCUUCGGGGGAAAACCGAGCCCGCGCAGUCAAUUGGGAUUGCCAAUCCUGCACAGCAAAUUCAAGCAGAUGACAUGGAGAUCUCGCCUGAACCAGAAGAUUAUGUUGAAACGCAUGAGCACUUGCCAGAAAACGUGGAGACGAUGCAGCCUUCCGACGACGCCAUGGAUGUGGACAGCGACAGUAAUGGAAGUGCGAGCAUGUCUGGCUCAGAUGAUGAGGAGGAAUACCAACCAACAGCUAUCGAUACUUCACAGCCCAUGCAACAGUCCGAGGACGAGUCUGAGGAAUAUGAUCCUGAGACAGCGCCGGUUGACAGCGUCACGCCGACGACUGUGCCGGAAGAUGGGCUUCAAGACUUCCACGAGACUUCAGGGACUGCCGCUGCUAGCCGGCCCGAUACAGAUGCUGGGACUCCAGUCGAUAGAGCACGAGAUGUAUCGGGUGCUAUUGAGUCUGACACCUCUUAUGUCGACGCAGACGUCGGCGUCAAUGGAGUUGCUGCGGUGUCGGAAGUGCCAGCAAACACCAAAGAUGAUCUCGAGUCCGUGGACCAGUUGACCGAUGCUGACACCUUGGUCAGACCACCCCCUGGAUCAAGUCGAGAUACCGACGCGGUUCCGUUCUUGCAUGGUACCUGCGCACCACCUGCGCAUUAUGUGCCGUACAAGACACCACUUAGCGCUUUCAAAAGCUACCGCUUUCACUCCGACUACCCAGACACAGUCAAGACUGGCUAUCGCUCGUUGACGUAUAGCAACAACAUUGACCCGUCCCGACCCCUUUGUCCCACUGAACUUUCCGGCCAAAUUUGUACUGACCAUAGCUGCGAGGAACAGCAUUUUGCCCAGCUUGGACUUCCAGACGAGACGAUCCUUGUCCAGAUGAGCUCGGCCAGCGGCAUCAAAGACAAAUCCACACGGGACGCAUUCCAUGCCGGGUUGAAGCUGGUGAUUGCAGGGUUGAGGGCUAAUGAGGUGAGGGAUUUCGAAAAGGUGGCGCAUACUCUCUCUGAGUAUCGACGGCAAUUCUUCGCCGAGAGAGAAGAGAAAGAGCGGCAGGAGGACGAUGACAGCCAAAAGCAAGUGCAACAAGAGCACCGGGAGCACCAAGAGCAAGAAGCAGAGGCUGUGGACUCUUAG